AUGAACACAGCAGACCGCGUACAGAUAGCACACGACAUCAGGAGGACGACCAGGGAGCUGAAGGAUAGAGGUCUACUCGUAGCGGCGAAAUGGUCGUCCGAGCUGCUGGCUUCGCUGCCCAAGGAGAUUCGACAAGCUCCAAAUAUUCCCUUCUCCCCACCUGCACCGCCUCCAGCUACGACCUUCUCGCCGUCUCGUGCGCGUCCGUCAAUAGGCGAUUUCCUCCCCUCGCCAGGACCGACCUCAUUUGGUUUCCACGAACCUCCGCGGGAUAUGCCUGAAGCGGGGCCUUCUCGGUCACGGACGAGGCAUGGCGUCGAGUACGAGGAGGAAGGGGAUCAGCUGGAGGAAGACGAGUAUCAGUUGGCGAGGACGUACUUUGAUUUGAGGGAGUUUGAUCGGGUCACUUGGGUUUUGAGGGAUGCGAAGGGAAGCCGUUCGAGAUUCUUGAGAGUCUACUCUGCCUAUUUGUCGGCGGACCGAAAAGCACAGGAAUCAUUGCCACAUUUCCUAGAUACCAAGGAAGAACGGCUAGCCCUUUAUCCCGCCCUCAACCCUCUCAUUAUGGAGAUCCUUGACGAUACCGACCCAUACAUCAUCUACCUCCGCGGUCUGCUAUACAUGCGUAUCGACCAACGAUCGGCAGCCAUCGAGUGCUUCAUCCAGAGCGUCCUGGAACGACCAUAUAAUUGGUCCGCAUGGAGUCAGCUCGCCCAGUUGAUCAAGUCGCCUGAUCAGUUCAUCGACGUCAAGGAGCGCCUGCCACCUACACCCAUGCUCGAGUUCUGCGCCAUCACCAUCAUGCUCGACCUCCACACCGCCACGGACAUGGUCACCAAUAUGAUUUCGGAGCUGCUUGAACUCUUCCCUGGGAGUGUACAUCUCAAAGCGCAGAGAGCGCUUGUAUACUACCACAUGAGACAAUUCGAGAUCGCCGAACAACACUUUGACGCCGUGCAACAGCUCGACCCAUAUCGCAUGGAAGAGGUCGAUAUCUUCUCCAACAUGCUCUACGUUAUGGACAAGCGAGCCAAGCUGGGCAAGCUGGCACACGAGUACGCCGAGAUCGACCGGAAUAGAGCCGAGGUGUGCUGCCUGAUCGGUAACUACUAUUCAUCAAGAGGCGAUCAUAGCAAGGCUAUCUUGUACUUCAAGCGGGCGCUCCUGCUCAAUAGGGACUACCUGCCCGCUUGGACAUUGAUGGGGCAUGAGUUUGUCGAGUUGAAGAACAGCCAUGCGGCAAUCGAGGCGUAUCGUAAGGCUAUUGAUGUCAACGCAAAGGACUACCGCGCUUGGUACGGUCUUGGUCAGGCUUAUGAGCUGCUUGAUGAGCCCAUGUACGCCAUCGAAUACUACAACCAAGCUACAUCUUUGCGCCCUUACGAUUGCCGAAUGUGGACCGCUCUUGCGACGGUAUACGAAUCGCUCCAGCGCGUACCCGAGGCUAUCGAGUCGCACACUCGCGCCCUCCUCGGCGCCGACCGUUCUCAGACCAGCGCAAUCCUGCACAAGCUGGCCAACCUCCAUACCUCCAUGGCCGAAGCGCAGCCCGCCACCGGUGCCGCCCCCACUUCCGCCAUGAGCGUCGAAGCUACCGGAUAUCACCGCAAGAUCAUCGCGUUGGGGGAGAGCGAGGGCCUGGGCGUCAAUGACCUGGCGGGUAGCUAUGUUGCGGUAGCGGAGUGGGAGAUGGCGGGCCAGGCCGGACCAGGACAGGGGGACUGGGGCUUGGCGAGUCAGUAUUUGGAGAAGGUGGCAUCGACGAAUGCGCCGCAGCGGGACAAGGCGGAGGGGUUAUUGCGGACGCUGAGGUUGAGGGAGGCGAGAUUGGCGGCGGGACAGACAUGA